AUGGUCUUCACUCGUGCUCAAGCUGCUAAUGCAGAAGCUAUGAAUACCCAGAUUGAGUCCAGCCCAUUGUCCUCUAUCUCUACUCAUGAAAGCUCGGUAUCCGACACCGAGCAGGAGGUAUCUGCUGGGAAUGUCCCGCAGUUAGUCUGCUCGUAUAGCGACGUGGUCGCCAGUCAGUCCCGCGGUGGAUUUAUGACUCCACGCGAUGAACUAUCACUCCGUACAAGUGAAUCCCAGCCUGCCAAAGUUAGCGGUGCUGAAGAAGGUAUUAGUAACAAAGAUGGUACCAAGGACCUUACGCAGUCUAUCAUUUAUAAUGAUGAUGAUGGACCCUGGGUUCCAGUUGGGAAAGGGGGUCGGCAUUCCCCCAAACCAAUUGGGCCAAUACUCAGCCCUCUGAAACUCGCCGCAAUCCAUCAGGCUGAGGAGAAUCUCUCCGAAGCUGAUAGAGAUUUGCUUGCGAGACGAAGUUCCUCCGUAAUCAUUAUAAAUGAUGAGGACUCAUCGGUAAGUCAGAGUACGGGCAUUGCGACCCCUGUCCCCCGCGAUGUGCCAGAUAAAGGCAAAAGGGUUGACCCUAGAGAGUAUGGGGAGCCGAUAAUCAAAAUCGGCGGUCCCUCGAAUGCUUUACAGCAUUUACCUGUGCCUAAAGAAGAACUGGAUGUUGUUGCACAGCAGGCAGAAUUAUCAUUUUGGGAUAUGGCUAGGAAGAGCCCUAGCGCGCCUCCUAGUGUAUCUGUUAAUGCACUACAUCUCACAACAGGUGAGCCCGACAUCAUUCAAACACCUGUGGGUAGUGUCUCAGCUACUAUGUAUGACCCUAUUGCCGAACUUCAGUGUCGUUUGCUUGAUUUGGAACUCACGAACUCUGUGUUGCGCGCAGAACUUGACGCAGUCCCUAAAUCAGUACCGAAAGCUGCUCCUGCUGACACUCAGAAGUUGGAGACACCUAAGGUGGUUCCUCAGGCACAGAAGGAUCAUAUUCGAGCAGUAACGGCUAAAUAUGAGGGUAAUAAGCGUGUAAAGAAGACUCCUAAGUUCGUGGAGAAUGCUAAGGAAGAAUCAAGGGAUGAGGGGUUUCCCCGCUCUCAUCUCCUGGAUCGGGACUCGAUUCGGCCUAGUAGCUAUAUCCCAAAGACUUCCAGCGUUGGUCAUGUGCUUGAGAGACUGCGUAGGCAGAAUAAUGAUGGUAGUUCAUCCCCGUCAAGUUCUUCCUCGAGCUCAGAUAGCUCUGAUGAAUCUGAAUCGGACUCUGGGUCCUCUGUAUCGAGCAGGCAUUGA